UGGCUCACUGGGUUACAAGACCUCAAUUACCUUCUGUUCUCAUACGCCACAGCAAGAUGGGUUCAUCCUGACUAAGCAACACGAUCGAAUGCCAAUUGGGUGUCGACACGGUAGCUCACUAACAAACUGUUAUUAAGAUACUGACCACAGCAACAACGUUCUCCGUACUAGCACCGUUCUCAUGCAGAACAGCGAUAACAAGAAGGGGUCACCUCUUCGACAGUACCACCACAAAUGGCGGACGGAAGCAACUGUAGUAACCAAACACAAAAUCAAAAGAGCCGUAAUCAGCCUCCAAACUGCUUUGAAAGGGUCAUGUCAAUUUUGGGGUUGAGAAAACGGAUCUUUUUGCUUCUCAGCUGUCAUAGCGACGCAGAUCUCUGCCACCAGGACAGCAAGCAUCGCCCCCGGUUCACACCAGGUAUUCGACGUCUUCGCAUCACCGUACUUACUUUUGCGGCAAGACUUCAGAACAGAAUCAUCAUGCUGCGCCCCGUGCCGAAAUACACUCGAAAUGUAUUAAACAAAUUUACCGAAGACCUGGUACGUCGUUGUCCUGAAAAUGAGACACGGGAAAAGAUGAUGAUGGGCGGGGGUGUCUUAACUCCCGGUGCGGUACGCCGAUUGCAGUGUGAGUUUCGAAGUCUCGAGAGGGUCUCGUGUCUGCGAACUCUGCCCCGCCCGUAUCAUCUACUCGGGGAGGGGGGUUGAAACAGACUUUGUACAGUCGAUUUAUUUUUCCCUUUCUCAUCAUUUGUUCUUCGCGGAUACUGUACACCCACUUCUCGCGCACAUGCGAAGAACUCGUCAUCGAAUGCCGGGCGGACGGUCGGUCUUCACAGUGUACGUACACUUGAUACUCGGGACUCGGCGGCAGAGACCUCAACCACCUGUAAGGAAGAUGCUCAUUGUCUGCUUACCCAGCACUAACGAAAAUCCUCCCUCUCCAUCCCACCUUUCGCGGUAACAUCACUGUUUUUUUACUCCGCCUUGUCCAUUCGUUUCCCUCAUCCUCCAAUAACUUCUACCCUCCUUUUCCUGUGUGUGCCUGGCCGCCUUACCUUUGAGGGCGGAAACAGUUGCAGCCGCAAAAACACGUCCGGUGUCUCGGACAAUACGUUGCCCACUGCCGCUUAUCCCUUGCUCUGGGUAAAAUGUAGUGGCUUCUGGAUUUUCAACUUAGUUUAUUCCGUUUGGAAAAGUCUCCGCUUUUUAGGUAAUUCCCUUACGUAUGUUUUCGGACGUGGCCAGCGGCGCUCGCCGCAAGACAGUGCCUUGUGCAAGCGCUUCCCACGGAUGUCCCAGCAGCUUGAAACGGAUCGAAAUUCGUUUCGAACAGUCCAACACUGCAGUUCAUUGUUUCCUUUGUGGCAUGACACCCCCGAGCGGUCACGAUACCUUCAGCGCGGCGGAUGGCGCUGCUCCAAUCACGAUCAUGCGUCCCGAUCUCAGCAACUGGAGGUGCUAGCUCGUACGUUCGAGCUUGUGUCUAGAGCUUGCAUCUCACGUGAACGCUGUUUAUUGUCUAAAUUCAAGAUACAGAGAGGAAAUUUGGAGGUCAGUUUCUAAAUAUACAUUCACAUUCCUCAUUGUAUACCGGUGUAUACGUACUCAUGUACCACGUGUUGAUGCUUGCGCGUUCACGUUGUUCUAUUUACAACCAAGCAAAACGCGUAACAAUCGUGCAUCAGAAUACGUUCUUUUACCUCGAAAUACGUACAUGUAUGCACGUGAUAUCUUUUGGCGUCUGUCGCGAACACUGAUGUGUCUCUUCAUGAGUAUGAGCAUAUGCACUGCUCUCUAUCGUUCCGUUUGGGCUCUUGUCUUUGUCCACGUUCAUCGAUGGUGACACACAACGUAGGAACUCACCUGCGCUUGCCUACGGAGGCCGACCACCUCAGUCAACCAAGGCUUGCGUGUCCCACCCGUGAGUGCGGUGAUGCGGUUGCUGCUUCCACCUUCGAUAUGGCGACCAACAGCCCAUUUCGAACGUUUUUUGUUGGAGGCAUCCUAGAGGAGGAAGGUGAACUCAGCGGAACAGGGAUAGGCUGUACAAGCAACCACGGAAGGUCAUCCGGAACAGAGAAGGACCUGACUUCUAAGUGUCUUCUCGAUUCACGUUUAGAGACUGCCGAUGAAGGCACAACGCAGGGUAUUGGGGAAGAUCACGACGUUUCCGGUGUCCUCGUGAAGACCCAAGAGAUGAGCUUCGCGAGCCUCAAGCAGCCUUUCGGUCCGGCGGAGGAGCUCAACAGACUGGAGCCACAAGGAAAAUGGGAUAAGAUAGGGCGGGAUAUAACCGAAGGCAGAUGCACAUCCACUACAUCGGCUUCGACCCUCUCGGGCUCAAAAGAUAACUAUUCUUCGCUCCACCAGGCGCGUGCUUCGUCCUCGACUACAGAGGUGGAUGCCCAUAGUUUUGGCUCUUUUUCCCCCGUCGCGUUUCCCCAGACCUGUGCUUCUCGCCCGUGUUCUGUCUCCUCCCUUCUCUCUGCUUCUCUCGUGUGUCUCGUCACGGCUCCUGGCUGUUCGUCUCCCCACGAAGCACCUGGGGACGGGUCCACCCCGUCACUUUCCUUCCCUCCGUCUCAACUUUCUGGUGAAGUGGGAUAUUCUGAUUCAGAAAGGGAAGGGGUUGCCUCUCUCGGUACCGGGGGCACUUCACUUUUCCUGGAUGUGCCUCCCACUUCCCACACUCCAGAUGGCUCAGCUUUUGCCUCGGAUGCAGCGUGGAGCUUUUCUCCUUCGACCGAAGCUGACAGAGUGUUGAACAUGCUGACCACUGAAACGGAUCCUUUGAUGGAAUAUGGACCGGAGGGUCUUCGAGAAGAGGCGGGAGACGAAGCUCUGGAGAGCCUCCCAUCGAAUCUCACAUAUGCAUCCUUCUGUAGGUCCCAGGACGGUGGCGAAGACGCUGAAUCAAAAGAGGCAAGGCCUCCUGUUCUCUGGCACCCCGCAAAGUACUCUCCGUGGCCUAACUCUUGGCGAUGCGGGCAAGGGGAGAAGAGCGGCGAGGCUAGUCCGGGCCUCCAGCGCAGGUCCCCACACGGUCUGAUUGGGCCAAUCAGCCGCUCCAUGAGUGAGGCGUCUCCGCGUCAUACGUCCACCACGGCAUCAGCAACAGAACCGUUCGCUGAAACCCCGACGCUCUUUUCGGUGGGUAAAACGGGGUUUGGCUCCCAAGCAGAUGACGAACACGAUGAGCCCCUUCUCGCUGCCUUGAAGCCAAUGGCCUCGUUCCCGUCCCACGUCUCACAGACUUCGGCCUCUACUUUCUCCUGUAUUUCUGCGCCGAUUUCGCCGUCAAAGCUGCCCGAGGCGACUAAACUCAGCGAUGUGCAGAGCCCGAGCAGCCGGCGAAGCAAUGCGAGCAGCGGAGGGUUUUUUCCACACUCGGACACUGUAUGUGUUCAACGAGACGACGGAAGAAAGGAAAUUGAGGGUCUCGCGGUUCUGGCUGAAGAAAAUGGCUGCCACGUGGUCCUCAAGACAGAUAUGAAUCAGACUGGGAACUCUCGAUCAGUACCAGGAGCAUGCAGUGUCAACAGAUUCGAUCAAAACCGAUGUGCAAAUGGUGGCAGUGAACGGUGGUUAUCCUCUGGAAGUGGCUCAUCUCAUAAACAAAACAUGCCAAUGAGGACUGAACAGGCUGGGGCUGACACAGGUCACACAUUGUCACGCCCUCAGUUGCCCUGGUCUCGUGACCCACAAAGCGCGACCGAAACAGCUGAGCAGGUUUUCCCAGAAUGCACACGUGGCUUGUUUUUGUCAUCUUCAUCGGCAAACCUUUGUGCCAGUUCAACUUCGUUUUUUGAUUCAGAAGCUGGUCAAGGACAUCUUUCAAAUCCUACAGAGCAUUCGACGAUGAGUCAAGUGCCGAACCGCGAGCAACCAAUGGUCGGGUCUGAGAACUCCCAGUUUCAUGGGUGGGUGCCACCGUGCCAGCUCCCAAGAGGCCCUGUAUAUCGGGACACCGGAUUCCGACCUCCGCGGAACACGUCCCAUAUCGGAGGGCCCCUGUGUUUUCAUCCGGGCUAUCCGCUGCAGGAGGUCUCUCACACCUGUGGGGAUCAGAUGGGUUCAAACAGGCGCGAAGAUGCCCUGUCACCAAAUGCGGCGCUUCUCGGGCUUCCUAGUGUCUCACUGCAUGCGUCCGAGUCUGUCGGCCCGGACGUUAAUCAGAGCUGGAACUCCUGUCCUCGGAAUACUUUGCUGGUGUACACCUCGGUGGGGAAUUCGCGCCUCGAGGGACGUGACGGACACGCCGUCAUGGUUCCUCAGCUCCAGGAAGGUGAAGUUCGUGGGCGCGGGUCAGCCGAGCAGAUGCGUGGGGAGUCAUUUCGGAAUGGCUUUAGUUCUGGCUUCCCCGUGUCCCAGGGUUCAAGUCGAUCUGCCAGUUCGCCAGUCUGUGAAAAUUUCUCUAGGCCGUUUCUCUCAGCAGGUUGCCAAUCCAGACCUACUUUUCCCCCGCCUCCGCCGCCUGGACCUCGCCCACCUUCUAGACUGCCUCGAGUCUGCAGCUCUGAGACGCAGAGACGUCCCUUCGUCGCGACUUUGCAGGAACCAGGUGGUCUCAGACCUGGCUUUCAAAUUGUUGACUGCCAGAGGGGCUCAGGCGCCGAACGAGGGGAGGCCGCGCCGCGCGUAAGACAAGAGACCUACGGCCAUGGCAGUGCGCCUUUUCGUGAUCAGGCGACCCCGUACGACGCCUGUCCCCCGUCUCAGUUCCUCGAUAAUGGGGAAGUCGUUCGAGGGAAACAGAGAAACGGCGCGACGGAGAGUCUGAAGGGAGACCCCGUGGUUUUCGGAGCCCGCUGUGCAAAGGUUUCCCGGCCAGUGCCUCCGCCUCCGGGAGUCGUAUCACAUGCAGAUACGUCUGGGGCUCUUCCCCACCCGCCGAGAGGCGUUGAAUCUCCGUCAGGCGUGACUCCGUUUCCGCUCUCAGGGAACUUUGCGACCGGAAACCCGGAGCAGAGAUCUUCUGGACUGGACAGCGUACAUGGACCUUUUGGCAUCUCCUCGGGUGUGGCACAGCGCGAGCACCUUCUUGGGCAAGCGCCUCUGAACUUUUCCGGUAAACAGAGCCCAGCCAAUCCAUCGAAUUCACCACCAUUUCUGAGAGUAACAGGCGACAUCAGGACAACGCUCGCCGUUCCGCCUCAACGACCCGCGUCUCCCAUGUCACUCACGCUGAAUCGUCUCCUUGCUGCAUACGCCGGCCCGGCACCUGAAAAGCUCCUUUCCUGUCCAUCUUCCGUGCCAACGCUCCACCCAGCAUCUUCCGCACCGUCUGUCCAGAGAGUUCACCGAGAGUGGGCACCUGGUGGCGGGGCUCCAGGGCUCGUGGAAAGUGGAUCUCGAGGUGCCACUGGCAAGCGCCAGGUGGUGUCAGGGAAAGGGAGCAGAAUUGUGGCUUCCAGUAAAACUUCACCGGUGAAUGUCGAAGCGCGACAACAGAAUCGCAACGAAAGAUUCCAGGGGGGUUCUACACCUCAAGCACCAGGAGCUGGCAAGACCGCAGUUCCCCACUGUACCCUCUUGCCGCAGCCCGCAGGGGCGUGGCUAAACCGAAUGACCCUCAGAGGAGUGGACGACUCCGCGAUGGAGAAAUGUAAGAAAGAACGGGGAGACUGAAGUUCGUUUCGGUCGAUUAGUUGAGCAAGGCGAACAAAGUCACAGAUCUGCCGGUUAGAUGAAGCUGAAGACGGUCCCACGCGAACGGAAUUUUCUCCGCUGUGGAAGGCGACUCUCUUCUUUCUCUCCUGCAAAAAAUGGAAACAAGACAGUGGAAGUGUCCACGUUGUGAGAUGCACUUGGUUUCGCUUGACCCUCUCAGAGGGAUCCUGGCGCGAGAUGCAGGGGAGGACGGCGAUUUCUUCCGCGCAGCAACACAGGAAAGUUGCCACUUCCUACUGAUUCAGGCUAAAAGUCGAGAUGUGUUUUUGUCUUGACGCGUCUCGACGGUGACCUUAUUUGACGGCUUUCUAAUGGCCCCACCGACUACUACAUUGCCCGUACAGCCAAGGCCUGUCAAAGGCUACUUCCGUUCUACUGUCAUUUGGUGCGUGUCUUGACUUUUUUGGUGGUGAAUAACGUUCCUUCUCACUGUAGCUUUUGUUGAAAUAAUUCUCGAGUAGGAAUGCCUGCGAGUUUCCGGGUUAAUGAAGACCAUCACCUCUCGAUUCUUUCGUGAAGCGGAACACCGUGAAGAGACCGUUGCCUCAGGAUGUUUGGCAGGCGUCAAUCUGGAUGUAGUUUUCUGUUUCUCAUUUCCACGGUUGGAAGGUCCUGUAGUCUAUGCUAAGGGAGGCAUUCGCCGUACAAUCGUUCAUGUAGUAUCUUUUUGCUCGCGAAUGGAGCCUCUCGUUUACGAACGUCCAACGCGAGUCAUCGCGUUUCAUGGGGGAAAUGCACUAUAUUGCGCAUGUGUAAUCUUGCCCAUGCCUUUUUAUUAAUACAUUUUGCAAGCUUGUCUGUUCCAUCCCACAUCGACAUAGGUCUUGUCAACCCCGACAGGUGAGCGACUCUCGCAUUUGCGUCAGGACGAAAUGUGAAGUCGGUCGUUUUCUAGAGAACUUUUCAGAGACCAAGCGAGGGAGACAGAUAGGGAUGAAUCGAACUGCUGUACCCGGUUGCUCUUUGUUAGAUCAACGUACAGUUGCUUUCGUUUCGUUUCUCUUAUCGUCGGGACACUUUCGUUCCGUAAGCGCCUUUGAGGAUCCCUGUCUUGCUGUCCACUAGUGGUGUAGAUCCUGGGGGGAGUUUCGUCGAUGUUUCGGUCUCUGGGGACUGGUCUUGAAGACAGGAACAGCGGGGCUUAUCCUCGCAGUUUAUCGUCUUCAUUUUCUGUUCUUGAGAUUGCAGUGACAGUGUAGCUCGCGCCCCUACUGGCGCAGUUGGACUUCUUUGUGCACCAGGCAGUAUCGCAGGCGCCCAUUCUCCACAGCUUCCCUGCAUCUUUUCGUUGCCCUUGCUCGCUUUAACGUGCUUAGCCCUCCCGUCUCGGUCAGACUGACUCGUUACCGACAUUUUCAAGAGAAACAAGCGCCGUCGUCGUGGCCCUCUCGCGUGUCACCCGUGCAUGGAGUGUCUGCCAGGAACAGUGGGAUUUCUGGAGAACGAACAGCACUGCGGUUGUUCUUUAAACUGUGAACGCCUGCAGUGACCCUUACUGUCUGGCGAUUUUGAACUUGGAGCUUCCUUCGCAUCGGUCGUUUUCUCCGUCUUGCGAGAAAACGACGCUCCCGGUGCUGUUUCGGUCUGGCGUCGACCAGAGACUUGCACUCUGAUGAGUUUGACCAAAGAAGCCUCUCCGAAAAGCGUUGGCAGCGCGGUUUAAAAUGUCAUUUGUCUGUCUUUUUGCAAUACGAUGCAACCAAAUUUCUUUGUCUUUGUGAAGUGCACCUUUGUUUUUUAUUGGGAGUGCUGCCCAAUGACGGUGGUUCGACUCCAAGACACUUUUCUAUGAACCUUGAAGGCAAAUGAAAUUGAGAAUCUCUCUCCCUCUGUCGCAGUUCGAGGCACCUCGAAACCAUGUCUGCAAUACCGAUGCUUUAGCAUGUUCAG